AAAUAUGGAGAACAAUAAUGAUGUUGAUUGUCUUCCACUAGAUGACGAGGAAAAUGGUUUAUCCCCUGCAAAGAAAUUUCCUAAAAAAUCUGGCCGAGAGAAGAAGGGGCAAGGUGUUCGCCAAAACUAUGUUAGUCGAGAAAUUAUCCCAGUGAAUGAAAAGCUUUUUUCUUUUUACCGUCAACAACGAAUUAUUCCAGAAUCAGAAUGGGACGAUUUUGUAGCUGCUUUAAGGAGAGAAUUGCCUGUAUCUUUCCGAAUUCAAUGCUCGCUUCGGGAAAGGGACUAUUUAGAUGAAUAUAUUCAAUCAAAAUUCGUUAAAGAAAUUGAAAAUAUAGCAAAGGAUUCGCCUGAAAUUGAUCCUCCAAAAAGAGUCCCUUUUGUGCCAUAUGCUUAUCAAACGAAAAUGUCUAGAGCAUCGAUUCGAGGGCACCCAAUUUUAAAAGAUUUGCAUGAAUUUCUUAUUAAUGAAACUGAAUUGGGUUAUAUAAGCCGUCAAGAAGUGUGUAGUAUGAUUCCACCUCUUUUUCUUGAUAUUCAACCACAUCAUUUGGUAUUAGAUGCAUGUGCAGCUCCAGGAAGUAAAACAGCACAGUUAAUUGAAUUAAUGCAUGUUUUAUCACCAAAUCCAAGUGGAAUGGUUGUUGCAAAUGAUAUCGAUUAUAAAAGAUGUUAUUUACUUGUCCAUCAAACAUUAAAGAGAAUGCCAACAGCUGAUGUUGUUGUUGUUAGUCAUGAUUCUGGCCAAUUCCCAGUUAUGCUAGAUUCUAACAAGCAACCAUUACUUUUUGAUAGAAUUUUAUGCGAUGUUAUUUGCAGUGGUGAUGGGACUUUUCGAAAAAAUCCUGAAUUGUGGAAUAAUUGGGAACCAAUGAAAGGUUUAAUGUGUUAUUCAACUUGUUCUUUAAAUCCUUUGGAGGAUGAAGCUGUAAUUGCUCAAUUAUUAAGACAUUUUAAUAAGGAAAUUGAAUUGGUAGAUAUUUCUGGAAAAAUUUUGGAUUUAAAAAGAACAAAAGGAAUUAGUCAUUGGAAGGUUUUUAACAAAAAUUUGGAAGAAUAUUCUUCCAUAGAAGACGUACCGAAAGAAGCUUUACGUCAUUUUAAGCCUUCAAUGUUUCCUCCUAAAAGUGAAGAAAUUGAAGCAAUGCAUUUGGAUUAUUGUUUUAGAAUUUUACCACAUCAACAAGAUACUGGAGGAUUUUUUGUUGCUAUUUUAAGACGGAAAGAGAUGGAUAAAUUAAAUGUAGACAAUAAUUGCACAGAUGAACAGCAGCAACAACUAUUGAAACUUAACCAGCCAACAACGCUUAUAAGAAAAUCAACAGUUACAAGAAAAAGAAGAGGUUUUGUUCAUAAAGAAGAUCCAUUUAUUUUUCUUGCCAACCAUAGUGAUGAAAAUGAAUUGAGAGAGGCAUUGAAGGAAUAUUUUGGCAUUUUACCAGAAAAUUUUUCUCAUCAAAAUUUACUUGUACGUUCAACAAAUACUGAAAGGAAAAAAGAAGUUUAUUAUGUGAAUGAUUCUCUAAAAGAAUUUUUAAUAAAUAAUGAUGGACGUUUCAAAAUUGUAAAUGCUGGAAUGGGAAUUUUAAAGAAAAUUAUCAAUGAUAAAGUAUCGCCUUGUCCUUACAGAAUUAAACAGGAUGGAUUGCCUAUUCUUAUACCUUGGAUUACUAAACGAAUUAUUGAUAUACCUACCUCACUUUUCAUUCGGAUUUUGCAUGGUGGUCAAACUAAUUUAAAAGAAAAAGAAACAUCACAAUAUUUACCUUUAAUUGAACUUGGAGAAGAGGAACAUUUUUUAUUUAAAGGUUUUUUAAAUUUUACUUUUUAA